AUGGGUUUAAAGAAGAAGAAGGAAAUUCAGGUAGAUGCUUUCUUUCUUGAUCAACAGCAGCUUGAAAAACUUCAGAGGUUUUCAAAGGCUGAAGAGCAAAAUCUGGCAUCUCUCCUUCUGCACUGUGCACAGUUGGGAAAUGGCAUCCAGCAGAUCCAGUGUAUUAAACAAAUUAUGCCAUUGGUGAAGAAGAUGGAUCAGAACUCUGCAUGUGAUCCCAUGAUUAAAGCAUGUUUGGAUGUUUUGGGAGAGACAUAUUUUUCACUGGGUACAAAGAAUCCUUUGAAAAAAGUAUUAGCAAGUUCUCUGAAUGGUCUUCCUGAAGCGUUGCUGAAGUUAGCUGUGCAAAGCUUUGUGUGCUGCCUUAGGGAAGAACUGAAAACCUCAGAUGUGUAUUUGUACAGAAAAGUACUGGACAACCUUGCUUCCUGUAUGGAGGACUUCAGUUUAGGUAGAGCAAGUGUUGAGAACCUGUUUGAAGAAGUUCUUCAGUUUCUGCAGAAGUCUCUGCUUGACAUACAGGAAGAAAACAGAAAGAACCAUGGAAAUCGUAUGGUUCAGACUCAGCUGAUGCAUGAUUUACUGAUAGCCAUUAAAGUUUCAAUGAUGCUUAUACAGAAAUUGCAAGGAAAUAUCCAAGGAAAUCUUUGGAAACAUCAUGAAUCUUUUGUUUGGCAAUGUAUGUGUAGUUUACUGAAAAGCUCCACAAACUGCCUGAUGGAUGUAACACUCCUGCAAACUGUUCAGACUACCUCGGGACUGGCUGUCAUCCUGUUUAUUAGAGCUAUGUAUGAACCAGUUGAAGAAUUACCUUCCUUGGUCAGUGACUUGCUCCUUGGGACAGUGAAGCAAUCAGGUGUGCCAGAGUGGUUUGUGAGCAGCUGUGGGACUCUGUGUACAGCACAGCUCCCUGACUCUGUCCUUCUCUUUCUCUGCCAUGGAGCACUGGCUAUGCUGGAUUGGAAGAAUGGCAGCAUGAGUGAAAAUGGAGAGAAAUUAUUAUUAGAUAUUGCCCCAGUCUUGUUGUCUUUGAGUUCAGAGUUAAAAGAACCCAGUGUGGCAACAGCUCUGUCUAGAGUCCUUGCUAUUUGGACUAAUUCAGCACUGGCUGCCCUUGAUUCAGACUCUCCAAAUCUGAAAAUCAAACUCAAUGGUAACUCAGAUGUGAUUGGAAGGCUGCUGGAAUACAUUUAUACACACUGGGACCACCCUCUGGAUGCCAUUAGACACCAAACCAAAUUGAUAUUCAAGAAUCUUCUUCACAUACACCAAACCACCAUUACUGGAUCCAGUGGAAAAUCAGACCCAUUCUUUGCAAGGCUAAUAAAGCAUUUACUAAGUUUGGAUUGGCACAUAAAAGGGAAAUACUCUUCCCUUGGCUGUCUUGUGGACUGUGUGGGCACUGAAAGUAUACUACAAUUGGACAGAACAAUUCCAGUACAAAUCCUGGAUGUGAUGAAUGAUCAGUCUCUUGCACCUUAUGCUAGUGAUCUUCUGGAAGCCAUGUUCACAAAUCACAAGGCCCAUUUUACAUUGAGUUUUCAAGAAGGCUCCUGGGUUGACAAGUGGCACAAGAUCUGGGUUUCUCCUCUUCUGUUGAUACUGUGUGAAGGGAACCAUGACCAGACCACUUACAUAAUAGAUUACUAUUUACCAAAAUUGCUCAAAUGUAACCCUGACAGUCUGAGCUACAUGAUUAGAAUUCUUCAGGCCUCUGCAGAUGCUAAUCUGGGCUCUUGUAGUACUAGGGGAGCUCUUGGAGCAUUAAUGGCAUGCCUGAGAACAGCCAGGGCUCAUGGACACCUGGAACUUUCAAGUAUCUUGAGCAAUGGUCUUGUAUCCACUGAGUGCAUAAAACAAGGUCUGGUUCAUCAGCACAGUCAGGUUUGCAUUGAUGCUUUAGGUUUACUUUGUGAAACCCAUCGUACCACGGAAAUUGUGUCUUUGGAAGAAAUGCAUCUAAUUCAGUUUUUUAUCAUGUACAACUUGAACAGCCAGUCUCCUUCAGUAAGGCAACAGAUUGUUUCUUUAAUAAGAAAGUUAUUUUGUAGGAUACAAGAAAGUUCCCAGGGGCUUUAUAAAUUGGAGCAAAAUAAAACCAAGCAAGAGUUACUUGAAAACUCAACUAAAAUGCAUCCUUUGGAGAUUUUGCAGCAAUACAAAGAUUUCAUGUCUUCUGUAUGUGACAGACUUUUUGAGGUAUUGUUUCCUGGUUCAUCACACCCAACCAGAUUUUCUGCACUAAGUAUUUUGGAAUCAAUAGCAGAAAUAUUUUCUGUUCCAAAAGGUCAGGCACAAGUUUUUCAGCUGGAUCAGGUGAUCGAUUCUACUCGUGUCCAAACUUUGAUCCAAUGUUUUGCCAGUACUUUUGAGGAAGUAAAAGUUCUGGCAUUUGGGCUGUUGAUGAAACUACGUGAUGUUGCAUUUAAGUUACAGGACUCUGAAAAUAUAGGUCUUCUAUUCCAAGCAGCCAUGGAUCUCAGCACAAGUACCAAGCCAUAUGAUUGUGUCACUGCUUCAUAUUUGUUGAACUUUUUAGUACAUCAUACAGGACUGCAGCAUAUUUGUUUGGGAAAAUGGAUUGAGCAUAACCCCCAGAGUGAUGAAAACACAACAGUGAGUACAGUGGAGAAGAACACUUUGACAGUUAUCAAGCUUUUGUUGGUGAAUGUUGAAGAAGAAAUCUUUCAAUCCAAGAAGUCUCUGCUUCAAGCUGCAGCAUCAUUCCCAAUGUAUGGGAGAGUGCACUGUAUAACUGGGGCUUUGCAGCAAUUACCCUUUAAUAACUUGACACUAGUGUCUGAAUGGAAGGAAAUGGUGACCAGGCUCAUUCUGAUGUCAUACAAACUCUCUGCUGUAGUAUCACCAGUAGUACAGAGCUCAUCACCAGAGGGUCUUAUUCCAAUGGAUAGUGAUCCAGAAAGUGCAAGUCGCCUGCGGAUGAUUCUGCAUGAGAUACAACCACAGGACACAAAUGAUUAUUUUAUACAAGCAAAAAUUUUGAAAGAACACUGCAAUGGGGAACCUGAAAAGGUACCUGACUCCAGGCCAACCAAAAAUCACUGCACAGAAAUGAGAGGUAAAGAAAGGCAGACAUGUGAUGUCACAGCUCAAAUGGUUCUUGUAUGUUGCUGGAGAAGCAUGAAGGAAGUGUCUCUGCUCCUAGGGACGCUGUGUAAACUUUUACCUUCACAGACUACAUCUGAACCUUCAGAUGGGUUGAUUACUGUAGAACAG